UUAUAGCAAUUAGGUUAGGUAGGAUUUUAAAAAAAAAUCUUGGAACUUUGAUUUUUAAUAUAUAGAUAGAGAUACUUCAUAAACAAAAAGAAACAAAGAAAUAGGAAGAUGAAUAGGGUCGAUGGAGAAAGGGAGGAGUGGAGAAGAGAAGUAAAUGGUUUGUUCUGGAUAGAGCGUUUGUUUCUCUUUCUGGUUUUCGUAUUUCCCACAUACGUCUGUGGCCUCAUCGUCCCUCUCAUUCUCUCCACUACUCUUUUGGCUUUACCCUUCUUCUUAUUCUUCAACCCUAAUCUCUCUUCCGUUGGACCCUCUGGUAUUGGUGGAUUCUGGUUAUUUCUAUUGGACCGCACCACGUUUUACUUAGGCCUCGAGUAUUCCAAACUGUUGGUUGGAGGCUUUGAGCUCACCUUCCUUUGGCGUCUCACCCUUUCCCUCUCCCUCGUGAUCCAUUCCAUCUACAUCGCUGACUACUUCCUUAGAUCUCAUCAAGCCGUACUACCUCCUCCUCAAUCUCGCAAUGUUGAGACUCCGAUUUUCUCCGAUGAAGGUGACUUCCACAAGGAAGUGGAGAAGGUGAAUGUUUUAGUAGAAAACGGGAAGAAGAUGAUGACAUCUAUGGAGCACAUGGUUCACUCAGGUCUUGAAACUCUUAGAAGAGAGUGGAGAGAGUUUCGUGAUGAUGGGAAGAAGGAGAUGAACAUACAAGUGGAUAUCGUGGAGCAUAUGAUCUGCUCAAAGCUUGAAACUCUGAAAGACAACAUGCGCCUCAAUGUUGAUGAGAUCUGGACUGGUCUCCUAGAUGACCUGAGAUCUAUAGUCGCCGAGGACAUCACAGCUUUGAGACAAGAUUCUGUCACCGACCAACUCGACAAGAUCUACCUUGCCAUCCAAGAAACCGCCAAAGAAGCGAAGACUACAGGUGACAAGGCCCAAGAGACCUACCUUGCCAUGCAAGAAACCGCCAAAGAAGCGAAGACUACAGGCGACAAGGCCCAAGAGUCCUACCUUGCCAUGCAAGAAACCUACAAAGAAGCGAAGACUACAGCCGACAAUGCCCAAGAGACCUACCUUGCCAUCCAAGAAACUUACAAAGAAGCGAAUACUACAGCCGACAAAGCCCUUGAGACCUACCUUAUCUUCCAAGAAGGCCAAAACAAGAGACGGAUGAUAAGGGGGGAGGAUGUAGAGGGGUUUGUUGAGCUGAGGGAGCAAGUGCUGCGAAUGUCGGUGGAAGCGGAGAACGCAGCGGAGGAGCAGUCUCGUGUAACAGGAGAGUUGGUGGAUGCUCGGAUUCAGCAAUGGGAGGAGGACAAUGCCGACUAUCUUGCCUCCCUUCCGUUCUUGUAUUGCAAUCAGCAUAAUUAAUAUUAUAUGAUUUGAUUUCAUUGUCUCUUUCCUUUCUUGGUUUUUAUGGAGCUUGUUGGUUAAGUUUUAGUAACUAAAAUAAUUUAAUUAUUGCUUCUGAUAAUAUUUUUGAUAUA